AUGUCACCUAAACGCCUUAAGCCCACCAAACACAACGUCGUCACCAAGAUCGGCGCUGCUACUUCAGCCUGCACACACAACGCCGUCACCACGAUCGGCGCUGCUACUUCAGCCUACACACACAACGACGUCACCACGAUCGGCGCUGCUACUUCAGCCUGCACACACAACGCCGUCACCACGUACUGCGCUGCUACUUCAGCCUGCACACACAACGCCGUCACCAAGAUGGACGCUGCUUACUCAGCCUCCACACACAACGCCGUCACAACGAUCGGCGCUGCUACUUCAGCCUCCACACACAACGACGUCACCACGAUCGGCGCAUCUACUUCAGCCAUUGCACCCAACGCCGUCACCACGAUCGGCGCUGCUACUUCAGCCUGCACACACAACGCCGUCACCAAGAUGGGCGCUGCUUACUCUGCCUCCACACACAAAGCCGUAACCACGAUCGGCGCUGCUACUUCAACCAUCGCACUCAACGCCGUUACCACGAUUGACGCCUCCACACACAACGCCAUCACCACGAUUCACAGUGCUACCUCAGCCUCCACACACAACGCCGUCACCACGAUCGGUGCUGCUACUACAACCAUCGCACUCAACGCAGUUACCACGAUCGGCGCUGCUACUUCAGCUUGCACACACAACGCCGUCACUAAGAUCGGCGCUGCUACUUCAGCCUCCACACACAACGCCGUCACCACGAUCGGCACUGCUACUCUAGACUACACACACAGCGCAGUCACCGUGAUUGGCGCUACUACUUCGAGAUCCACGAACAACGCCGUCACCACGAUUGGCGCUGCUACUUUAGCCUGCACAAACAUCGCCGUCACCCUGAUUGCCACUGCUACUUCAGCCUCCACACACAAGUCGGUCACCACGAUCGGCACUGCUACUUCAGCCUCCACACACAAUGCCGUCACCACGAUUGGCACUGCUACUUUAGACUCAACACUCAACGCUGUCUACACGAUCGAUUAUGCUACUACAGCCUCCGCAAAUAAGCGCCGUCGCCACAAUCUGUGCUGUAUCUUUAACUUACGCAACGGACGCCAAUUUCUUGAUAUGCACUAUUACUGUAUCCUCCGCAACCGUAUAUGA